UUAUUUUUCUGCUGCUCACUUUUCAAUAUGAAGGAAGAUCAAGUUGUGCAGGAAGAACCAGGAUUCCAAGACGAAGAGGAAUCUUUGUUUCAAGACAUUGACCUGUUACAAAAACAUGGAAUUAACAUGGCUGACAUUAAGAAACUGAAGUCAGUAGGCAUCUGUACCAUCAAAGGGAUACAAAUGACAACAAGAAGAGCCCUCUGCAAUGUCAAAGGCCUCUCAGAAGCAAAAGUGGACAAGAUUAAAGAGGCAGCCAACAAACUUAUCGAACCAGGAUUCUUGACUGCAUUUGAGUACAGUGAGAAGAGGAAGAUGGUUUUCCAUAUCACCACUGGGAGCCAGGAAUUUGAUAAGUUGUUAGGAGGUGGAAUUGAAAGCAUGGCAAUCACAGAAGCUUUUGGAGAAUUUCGAACUGGAAAAACCCAGCUCUCUCAUACCCUCUGUGUGACAGCUCAACUUCCAGGAGGAGGUGGCUACUCAGGAGGGAAGAUUAUCUUCAUUGAUACAGAAAAUACUUUCCGUCCAGAUCGCCUUCGGGACAUUGCCGAUCGCUUCAAUGUAGACCAUGAUGCAGUACUGGACAACGUACUUUAUGCACGUGCAUAUACUAGUGAACAUCAGAUGGAGCUACUUGAUUAUGUAGCAGCAAAAUUCCAUGAAGAAGCUGGCAUCUUCAAGCUAUUGAUCAUUGAUUCAAUAAUGGCACUUUUUCGAGUGGAUUUCAGUGGUCGUGGGGAGUUGGCUGAACGGCAGCAAAAAUUGGCCCAGAUGUUGUCACGACUCCAAAAAAUCUCAGAAGAAUAUAAUGUGGCUGUGUUUGUGACCAAUCAGAUGACUGCUGAUCCAGGAGCGACUAUGACUUUUCAGGCAGACCCCAAAAAACCCAUUGGGGGACACAUUCUGGCUCACGCUUCAACAACGAGAAUAAGUUUGCGAAAGGGAAGAGGAGAACUGAGAAUUGCCAAGAUUUAUGACAGUCCUGAGAUGCCUGAAAAUGAAGCCACCUUCGCAAUCACUGCUGGAGGAAUUGGUGAUGCCAAGGAGUAGGUGGUGAAUUGAUGCAAAUUGCUUCUUAGUGCUUAUUAGGAGCUGAAGAAAUGGAAAAGCAGCCUCAAAUUUCAGAUCUUGAAGUAAGAGUUUGUUUUUUUCACAUGUUGUUAAAGGAAAGUCAGCAAAAGAGAUUUAAAUCUUAUAUUUAUCUUACAAGUCCCUGAUUUAUAAUGACUAUACAUUGUAUGUCAGUUCAGGAAUAUAUAUAUGUAUAUGAAUGAAUAAACCUAUUGAAAACUAGUUGGGGAAGAGGUUCUUGAUUCCCUCACUUCAGCUUUCCAAAGUGAGCCACUAAACAGAUGGAAAAUCUAAGAGCUCAGAAAUGUCCCAUUCUCCUACAAUUUCCCCUUAAACACUUACAGAGGUGAAUAUACUUUCAAAGGAGGGAGAUGUUUAAAGGAAGAAUGUUUACAGGACACACAAAAAAGCUUUUUGUAUUUACAGUGUCAAACUGUACAUUCACCUUUAUAGCAACAGAAAAGAAACA